AACUGUAUUGAUUUAGAACUUAGGCGAAAAAUGUAAAAUUAGAAAAUGUAAAGUAAAAUGAGGCUGUGUAAUUCGUAACCAUGAUUACCAUUUCUUUUUUAAUCCGGAAGUUACCCUCUAAGGUAACUUAAGGGAUAAAUUAUUAGCAGCCAUAACAUUACGGGGAGCUGUGGAACGAAUCAGACCUGGUUUGAAGGCUGAGCUCAUCUGCUUCGGGGCCAAACAACCUUAAGCAGGACAGUUAAUCUCUCCUGGUCUAAAUUUAUUUCUCUUUUAAAUGGAAAAAAAAGAACCUGCCUUACUGAUUGAGGUUCAUGCAACAGGAACGCCCUUUGUGAACCCUAAAGCGCUAUGUAAGUCUUUACAGUUUAUGAGCAAUAGCAAAAGCCUAGGUUUGUAGCAUAUUGGAGGGCCGCUCUCCAACGGCGAGAGUAAACUAGUCUUUCCUGGAACUCCGACACUUUCACGGCGCCCCCGGACUCUUCCUACCCCUCUCAGCGGGGCUCUUCACAGAGAUAAACCAGCUGGAGGAGUUUCCGGUUGGCUCUGCGCCCCGCCCCUCGCCCCAAAUCCUUGCUGGUUACAUUCUGAAAUCCGCCGGGCUCUAGGACCCAUACGGGAUGAUCCGCCGCUUGGCUAGCUGCCCGGCUCGACCGGGCUGUAAAUUCCAUCGUUGCAGCGUCAGUGGCUUGAGGGCUGCCUGAAGGACAGCAGGAAAAGCCAAUGGGAGGCCGCACUUCCCAGGCGGCAGCGUUAUAAGAGCCUGUCAGGGUUACAUUUGGGCUUAACUCUUUAAAGGUGGGUUCGGGCCCCGUGAGAAAGUAGUAGUAAAUGUGCCACGUCUUCUAACAAGGGGAAGUCCUGAACUUGCCUGAGGCCGUUAUCCCUAAGCCUUGAACUAAGCUCUUAAAUUUAUGAAAUUGAGGGCCCUUUCGCUGCUUUUGUAGGGACUUCUUUCCUGUUUCAGCAACAUGAGGCUCUUCUUGUGGAACACGGUCUUGACGCUGUUCGUCACUUCUUUGAUUGGGGCUCUGAUCCCUGAACCAGAAGUGAAAAUUGAAGUUCUCCAGAAACCAUUCAUCUGCCAUCGCAAGACCAAAGGAGGGGAUUUGAUGUUGGUGCACUAUGAAGGCUACUUAGAAAAGGACGGCUCCUUGUUUCACUCCACUCAUAAACAUAACAAUGGUCAGCCCAUUUGGUUUACCCUGGGCAUCCUGGAGGCUCUCAAAGGUUGGGACCAGGGCUUAAAAGGAAUGUGUGUAGGAGAGAAGAGAAAGCUCAUCAUUCCUCCAGCCCUGGGAUAUGGAAAAGAAGGAAAAGGUAAAAUUCCCCCAGAAAGUACACUGAUAUUUAAUAUUGAUCUCCUGGAGAUUCGAAAUGGACCAAGAUCCCAUGAAUCAUUCCAAGAAAUGGAUCUUAACGAUGACUGGAAACUCUCUAAAGAUGAGGUUAAAGCAUAUUUAAAGAAGGAGUUUGAAAAACAUGGUGCGGUGGUAAAUGAAAGUCAUCAUGAUGUUUUGGUAGAAGAUAUUUUUGAUAAAGAAGAUGAAGACAAAGAUGGGUUUAUAUCUGCCAGAGAAUUUACAUAUAAACAUGAUGAGUUAUAGAGACACAUCUACCCAUUUAAUAUAGCAUUCAUCUUUAAAGAGAGGGCAGUCAUCUUUAAAGAACAUUUUAUUUUUUAACAAUGUUCUUUCUUGCUUUGUUUUUUUUAUUUUUAUCUAUUUUUUCUGACCCCUAUGUAAAGAACCCCUUAGGGUUUCUAACUAUCCAUUUCUUUCUGGUAAGUUAUUGGGAAGAAAAAUCUAAUUUGUCUUUGAAUAGAAGACUUCUGGACCAUUUUUCACUUUCACAGAUAGGAAGCUUUGUUUUACUUUCUUACUUGUAAAUUUAAAAUAUUGCAACUGGGAGUAUACCAAGACAUGAGACCAGGUUAUAGCACAAAUUAGCACACUAUAUUUCAGUUUUCCUCUAUUUUCUCCAAGUUAGAGAUCAACAUUUGAAAAGCCUUUUGCAAUAGCCCAAGGCUUGCUAUUUUCAUGUUAUAAUGAAAUAAUUUGUCUGUAACAACUAGCUCUGAGUCUCUGCUUGAGGACCAGAGGAAAAUGGUGGUUGGACUUGAUUUGUUAAUGGCUAGUAAGCCUUUUUUUACUAAGGAGAUGUGCAAUGCCAAAGUUAGAAACAAGGUUAAUAACUUAUAUAAAUAUGUAUGCAUUGAAACAUUCUACCUAGGACUUAAGCAGAUGAAGUUUGGCUCCUAGUGACUAGUGGCCUAUUAUGAUAAAUAGGACAAAUCAUUUAUGUGUGACUUUCUUUGUAAUAAAAUGUAUCAAUAUGUUAUAAAUGAGGUAGAGAGUUAUAUUUAUAUUCAAUGUUUACUUCUUAAGGCUAGCAGAUUAUCCUUCCUGGUUCUUUAAUGGGUAGUCUAUAGUAUAUUAUACUACAAUAACAUUGUAUCACAAGAUAAAUUAGUAAACCAGUCUACAUUUUCCCAUUUCUGUCUCAUCAAAAACUGAAGUGGGCUGGGCGUGGCAGCUCAUGCCUGUAAUCCCAGCACUUUGGAAGGCCAAGGAGGGGGGAUCACUUGAGGUCAGGAAUUUGAGACCCACCUGGCCAACAUGGUGAAACCCCAUCUCUACUAAAAAUAAAAAAAUUAGCCAGGCAUGGUGGUGCACACCUGUAGUCCCAGCUACUACUUGAGAGGCUGAGAAGACAGCACCCACAAGGCAGAUGUUGCAGUGAGCUGAGAUCAUGCCACUGUACUCCAAUAAGCGUGUCAGAGGAAGAUUCCAUCUCAAAAAAAAAAAAAAGGAAGGGGAUCUACAGCAGCUACUAUUGAAUACCUAUCCUGGGUUUAAAAAAAGAAAAAAAUAUAUAAUUUUAUUUUAAAUUGGCUUUUAUCUUUAAUUCUUUUUUUUAAAAAGUUAAUCAAAUCUUCAUUUUCUAAGAACAGCCCUUUAUAAUGUACAAAAUGAUAUUAAGGGCAUUAUUAUCUUUGAUUUUCAUGGCUCUGAGGUCAUGAAACAAGCUGGUGGAGCUUAUUAUGCCUAAUUUAUAAAUGAGGAAAUUAUCAUUCAAAAAGAUUGAUUGUUAUGCCCAGGGUCAGCACUAACCUGUAGAACCAGUAUUCAGUCCCCAAGUUCAGCGUCUUCUACUGCCCUCUACUAAUAAAAAAGAGAAAAUUUUCUUGGGCCUAA